GCUCUAGGAGGAUGCAAAACCUCUGACCUAUGUCUUUUCAGUAGGAGAGUGCUGAUCACAUGCACUCUCCUAAGGAAAAAAAACUCUCUAGCAAUACACACCAAACUGAGCAUGUGCAGAAUGGCUACGGUUCAGUCUGUCUUAUCAGGAGAUAAGAUGCAGACAUUUGAACAAGAGGAGGAAACCUUUUUACAUAAUGCAGAGGAUUAACUCCUUAGGUUCCACAGUGAGUAUAACAAGCACGCUUUACUGCAUAUACAGACUGAUUUUACUGUUGUGGGGUUAG